CGAACCAAUCCGUUUAUUCUCUCUGACUUUGCUUCCUCGAGCUGCUGUCUGUCAUUUCGUUUCCGAACACAGAAAUGGUUCGACACGACGCGCGAUUAAUUACGGAAGCCGAAUCGGAUGUCAGAAGAGUGAAUGAGACGUGACGGAGUUUAAAAGACGAAAUGAAGACAUCGAAUGGUUGGUGGAAACCAUGAGGCAUGACACACUGUUGUGGCCCAAUGCGGACACAGUUGCAGGGGCAGAUUGAAUGCUGCUGAAGUCUCAAGGCUCUGAGCCUUCUGGAGUGCUGCCAUGACCAGUCAGGGAGGCAGUAAUGUGGACACACCCAGCCACCUGUCUUCUUCACCAUCCUCAUUCCUCCGGUCGUCCUCCGGUCCAAAACUACAUGUGCAGCGCUCGCUCUCCCGUGACACAAUCACCAUCCAUUUCUCAUCCCAGGGCAAGGAGGAGGAAGAAGAGGAUGAAGAACUAUACAAGUUGGCCAUGUCAACAUCUGCUGUGGAUUGUGAUGAUCAGGGCAUAGUCACAGCUUUGGAGGCCAGUGAGGAGUUGCUGUUUGAAGGAACAGGAAUGGGUUCAGGGAUGCCCCCUGUGUCUUCUACAGUAACAUCAUCUUCAGUGGUCACCCAUACCCAAAGCUCAGCCGUAGCCAUCCAGCCAGUAUUCACCAGCCUUGGCUCCUCCUCCAUUUAUAGCCCUGCUAGCUCAUCCUGGCCCUUGGAGCACUGGACCCAACUCCAACCACCUGCCGCAUAUUCUUCCUCUUCCACUUCAUCUCCAGUCAAAUCCACAGCUGUGCACUCAAAGCCAUUCCUCAGCCUUGUGAGGUCUCUCUCCACUGAAGUGGAGCCUCGUGAAGGUUUCCCUUCAGCAACUGCCCCACAACCUAUGCGACACAGACAUCUGAUGAAGACUCUGGUCAAGUCUUUGUCCACUGACACGGCCCGUCCUGAACAGGAAGCCGCAUCACACCGCCCCCCUGAUUCCCGUCGCAACCUGCACCUUUUCAAAUCUUUUACCCAACCUCGUGUCUCAACCACAGCCAGUGGUGACUCCAAGACAGCGCCAUCUUCGCCCGUUGCUUCGCCCGAUGGGCGCUCGUUCUUUAAGGUACAAGAAGUUGAAGCACGUAUCGAAGAUACCAAGCGGCGUCUCUCCGAGGUAAUGUGUGAUCCCCUACAGCUACUUAGCAAGAUUAUUGGUGAGGAAGCAGGAAGUACUGCUAGUGGAGGUUCAGCGACUGGAACAACAUGGGGUCUCCAACAUCCCAAAAGUCUCUCAUCUAGCGCUUCAGAACUCUGUAGUCUUACAGCCCUCAAUGGGCACCCGGAAAGUAAAACCGACUAUUGCAUUAAAGAAGAAGAUGACUUGGAGGGUGAAAGUCCACCAGGGAUAGACACCAAUGUUCCAGUUAUACCCAAGUCCCUUUCAGUAGGACUUGACAGGUGCUUUAUGUCAGUCCUGGCCAGGCAGGAAGAUGAAGAGUUCUGUGAGCUCUACAGUGAAGAUUUUGAGCUCUGCACAGACACGGAACCAGAUGGUGACCUUGGCACCUCCACCCACCUCCAGCGGGGUAGCACAGCAUGCAGUGAAGAACCAACUGAAGGGGGCGAGGAGGAGGAAGAUGAGGAGGAGGUGCCACCGACCAUACCACAUAAUGGACUUAUCCUGCUUAUUUCUAUUGUGUAUGGCUACUUUGUUUUGCCGUUACCCACGUACAUAGGUGGUGUUUUGCUUGGAGUAGCUGCAGGCUUCAUGCUAGCAAUACUAGUGGUGUGGCUCUCAGCUCCCCGUGGCUCUUCUUGGGGUCCUCGCUUCAGACGAUGUAAGAGAGAACACUGGAACGGGGUCCCGCUAGACAUCAAAGAGCCAAUCAUCUAUAAGGGUUGGAUGAACGAGAUUUACAGCUACGAUCCAGAGACCUACCACGCGACCCUUACCCAUUCAGUCUAUGUGCGUCUUGAAGGCUCUGUGCUGCGUCUGUCCAAACCUAACCGCAACAUUCCUCGCCGUGCCACCUUCAAUGAGCCCAAACCUGACAUCACGUACAUCAGCCAGAAGAUCUACGACCUGACCAACAGCAAGAUCUACCUGGUGCCCCAGAGCCUGGCCAGAAAACGUGUAUGGAACAAAAAAUAUCCAAUUUGCGUUAAACUGGCCAAACAGGAUGACUUCAUGUCGAAGAGAGACCAAAGUGAAGCUGAGGAUGAGAAACUCCUGGCUUCAGGUGAAAGGACUGAGGGGGUAGUGGGUAGCGAGGAAACCAAGCGCUUCACAGAGCCUGUCCUGUACCUGUUCGGGAGGACAGGAAGAGAGAAGGAAGAAUGGUUCAGGAGGAUUCUGCUAGCCUCCAGACUCAAAGCUGAGAUCAGGAAACCCACUGACCUGCUUGCAUCUUGCCUUCCUUCCUACAGCAGCGGGAGCAGCCAAGCAGGCAUUUUGUCUCAGAGUUGCAGCAGUAGUCAGGGCAGUCUAGAUGACGUGAUGCAGUCUAAACCACGGCAGACAGAUGUCAAACAAAAAGUACUGGACUACAAUGUCUACAUGGCUAAAUACAUCAGCCAUUCUUCAGGGAGCCCAAAUACCAGCCCUCUUCACAGUACUGAUAGCAGUCCGAGGAACGUAAUGAAGUUCCCAGCAGUUCCAGGCACAGAGGCUGAGUCUGAGGCUUGGGUCAACGCCCUACUGGGCCGCAUCUUCUGGGACUUCCUCAGGGAGAAGUACUGGGCUGAUAUGGUCUCCAAAAAGAUCCAAAUGAAGCUGAGUAAAAUUCGGCUGCCAUACUUCAUGAAUGAGCUGACACUGACUGAACUAGACAUGGGUAUGGCUAUUCCCAAAAUUCUUAAGGCCUCCAAACCAUCAGUGGACCAUCAAGGUCUGUGGUUUGACUUGGAGAUCUCUUACUCUGGUUCUUUCCUGAUGACUCUGGAGACAAAGAUGAAUCUGGCCAGGCUUGGGAAGGAGGGAGAGAGUGUUGGAGAACAAGGAAAAGAGGGACCACGUACAUACUGCCUGGCUGACAGCGAUGAGGAAUCAUCCAGUGCUGGCUCAUCUGAUGAAGAGGAUCCAGCAGAAGUACCUGAAAUCCCGGGGACAGAGGGGUUCGUCGGAGGACACCGACCGAGCAAGAUCAUGCGCUUUGUAGACAAGAUCGCAAAGUCCAAGUAUUUUCAGAAGGCCACUGAGACGGAGUUCAUAAAGAAGAAGAUGGAGGAGAUGUCCAACACUCCUCUUCUCCUCACUGUGGAAGUGCAAGAGUGCAGGGGCAUGCUGGCCAUCAACAUACCACCUCCCCCUACAGACAGAAUAUGGUAUGGCUUCAGAAGUCCUCCUCACCUCGAGCUGAAAGCCCGACCUAAACUUGGUGAGAGGGAGGUCACUUUUGCCCAUGUUACUGACUGGAUCGAGAAGAAACUGGAACAGGAGUUUCAGAAAAUAUUUGUCAUGCCAAAUAUGGACGACGUGUGGUUACCCAUCAUGCAUUCAGCCAUGGACACACGGUCCAGCGUGAACUUAGCUACUGUGACGACCGAUGCCUUGAAAGAUGUGGCUCCUUUGGACCUUGAACAAACUACGGAUGACUUUUGAAGGCUGAUAAAACUGUCAUAUGAGACUUUGGGGAAUCAGCCAAGGGCGCUUGCUAUAUUAUGUUCUUAGAUAAAGGUUAGCUGGAAACAUGAGUGUGUCUAAAGGCAUAGUAGUAAACUAAUGCAUUUGUAUUAGACCUUGAACUGAGUCGAGUUCGGCUGAAUAAUGCUUUACAGGCAGAGGCAGUUCUGGCAGUGUUUGGUACAUUAUUUGGUAAUUAAAACAUACAACCUUGGAUUGAAGUCAGCUAUGGCUACAGCAAACAUCUGGGUUGGAGACCUCUUUUCCGUUCACUGACCACAUUAUUAUGAACACCUGCCCAUUCAGGCUACUCCGCCAUUCAGGUGGCAGCAGUGUGAAUGUAUAAAAUUAUGACGAUACAGAUCAAGAGCUUCAAUUAACCGUCAUACCAAACAUAGGACUGGAGGAAAAUAUGAUCUCAGUGACUGACAGUGGCAGGGUUGUUAGUGCCAGGCUAGUAUGGAGUAUUUCAGACAGUGAAUGAAUGAAAUACAUCCAGUAGGCUGCAUAUCUGUACUCAGAAAUUUGUUGUUGUGGAGAGAGGUCAAAAAAGAAUGAGCUGGCAGGAAGUCAAAUAUCUAGUCAAGUAUUCAGAGGAACAUACAUUUUAUCUUAUACAACUGAGCAAUACUGGGUAAAGGGCCUUGAUAAGGAGCCCAGGUUGGUGGACUUCGGGGUCAAACUCACAACCUUCUGAGCUGUAAUCCACUUUACCUAAUGAGCUACCACAUCCACACUAGAAGGCCACAUUGGGCUCCACUCCUGUAAUAGACCAGAAAUAUAUAAUUCCAACAUUCAGCUGACCAGUUUUGGUUAACUGAAGCUCUUGUCCUUUAUCUGGAUGAUUUUCCGUGUUGUGCUGCUGCCACCUGAUUGGUCGAUUGAAUAAUUGCAUGAAUGUGAAGGUGUUCCUUAUAGAGUGUCUGGUGAGUGUACGUGUUUGCAUCUAAAAGAUACUUUUGUGUGAUAGGUGGUAUCCUACUGAGGUUUUCGGGUGUGUCAAGCUUUUUACCUCAAUCCUUUGCAAGCUAGUGUGAAAAGCCAACUGAGAUAUUCCCAUGCCACUUGUUUUCAAUCUUGUCCCUGUUAGUGGCUUUUGAUAGGAUUCUUUCAAUGGUCCAAAUUGAGUGUGUGCCACUUUCAGCAUACUUCCAAUAAUGUAUACUAGUGUAUGUUUUGUGUAUGCCAUGAUUAUCAACUGCUUUGUGCAAACGUGCUUUCUCAAGGAUAACCAAUACUCAACACUCUUUGCUGCCCGAGUCAUCUGUGUCUAUACGAUUAUGCAAUUAGAUCAGUUUCACUGUGUUCAAGGCCACCAGCUAAUACCCCAUCUGCCCCAGAAUUGGCACUACCGAAGCUGGCUAAUCUAGUACACACCUACAAGAUGCUUCCUGCAGAUUUCAACUACUUAACCAUAACCUUUCUGGAACUGGCUGGAAAACCUAAUACACAGUACUGCCUUUGCCAUGGACAUGUAUGCCAUUGUGCAUCACGGAGAAGCCAUCUGAAUGUAUAAAUCCUUGCCGGAUCAUCUCAGUUUAUGAGUUUUGUUGUGUAUGAUCAAAUAAUUUCAAGAUUUACAAAGAUUCUUAACAUUUGUUUUUAAUGUCGUGUCAGAUUGUGUUGACAGAAAAUGUGUUGCUUUAUCCUUAUAGUAGUUGUAACUAUGCUUUAAUGAUGUGAUUGACCAUGCAGAGCAGGGGUGUCCAGUUAUACCUGCAAAAGGCCUGUAUAAUUGCAGGUUUUCAUUUUAAUCAAGCCCAAGUCAAACCUCACCUUCUUUAGGCUGUUGAUAUCCAAUCAGUGAUCGAGUGUGACUUCUAUUUGGUUGGACUGAAAGCUUGCAGCCACAUUGCCUUUUUGCUGAUAUGACUAAAAGAUAGACCAAGGGUUUUCAACUAAACACUAGCCCUGGAUGUAAUGCAAGAUUAUGUUGCUUCAAACGCACCUGAUCAAGCUUAUGUAACCCAACAUUAUUCUAAUCUAGUCCCUUUUAAGCAACAAAAAUCAAAACACAUCAGGGCAAUGAACUUCCUUGGAUGGAUAUGAAAAUUCCUGAAUCCACUACAGUUAGACACAUUAAUCAGCAGUGGUGAUCAAGACCCAUAUAAAUAUAUUUGGAUAAUCAGUGACUAUAGAUCUAAGUUACCAGCAGAGUACGUAGCUCACUGAAGGAAUCCUUGAGCCACAAUUGCAACAAGCAAAAUAACAACAGGCCUGGUGGGUCAGUGUUUUCUGCUGAUUGGCACACAUGUGGUUUACAUGCUUUCCUUAAUGAUCUUCAUAAUUCAUUACAAAGAGGUCAAAGUACUCUUGCCUAUUCCUGCUCAUUUAAAACCUACCAUGAUAUUUCUGUGCCAUUGUUUGUGAAAAUCAGGCUAAUGUUAAGUGAUGUGUGCUUCUCUAUGCCAACCGCUCAUCUUACCUUUUGCACUUUGUGAAAAUGAUUACCAUUUUAAGUGAUUGUUCAGCCAUACUGUGACAAUGGUAAUGUGUGAGGAUGUAUAAAUGCUUUUAGUAAAA